AUGCCCACUCUCGGCGGUGCACCCGGUUUUGAUGAAAGGGUCUCCAACAAAGACCCUCAGCCUGCAUCCUCAUCUCGAGAGUGCUGUCGUCAACACCUUCAGCUGUGGCCGCCAGGCAAUGAUCAUGAAGAGAUGUUACGGGUCCGACGCGUCCUGGAGCGCUACUUUGAACACCUCAAUCCAUAUUACUUUUGUCUUAUCGAGGUUCAGUUUUUCGCCCAGUUCGAUGAAUACCAGCGUAUUCGAAACGGCGAUGACGUGUCGAACGAUACCCUCCAAUUCGUCGCCCUUGUCUGGUCCAUCCUCGCGCAUAUGCAUGCCUUGGAAGACAAUGAUAAGAAAUCCGCCUUACACCCGGGUUGGGACGACUACCUUCAUGCGACACACUUGCUGGGCCAUACCAUGGAGUUGGGCCAUGGAGAUCUGGCCACUAUCCAGUGCCUCAUCCUUCAUGCGUGCUACCUCCUCACCGCCAGUGUUUCACAGCAUAAAGCCGCAUACAGUGUGCUCGCACAAGCCGUCCGGCUUAGCUACCAGAUAGGCCUUCACAAUCAACCGAGUUGGCGCAUGUGCAGCCCCUUCGAGGCACAUAUUCGACAGCGUGUCUUCUGGACGGUCUACAACGUCGACAGGACCAUCGCUCAGAUCUGCCUGGUGCCGUACCUUUUCCGAGACUCUGAAAUCAACGUCGACUUGCCCUUGCGGGUCGACGACAAACUACUUGGGACCAGCGAAGAGUUACCCGAAGAGUCACCGUCGUGCUCCCUUGCCUCCUACCUACAUGAAGUUGUCAGGUACUCGCGGUUGGCCUCAGAGAUAUGGGACAAGUUCACCGGCGCCAGAUCCUCCAAUCCCCGUCUCGACGAGUUUAUCGCGAUCAUGGACGCGCGCAUUCUUCACUUUCGUAGCGGGCUGCCAGCUUUUCUCCAGCUGGAGCCUGGCACGGUGGCCUUCCAAGCGGGCCUGUCCCCCCGUGCAUGCAUCAUCUGGCAAGCGUUGAUGCUUCGGCUGCUCACCAAUAACCUUCGACUAUUGCUCCGCACCAAAUGGGGAUCAGGAGCUGUGCCGGUGCUCGGGCACCAAGAGAUCUGUGUCUCCAUUUGCAGCGAGAAUGUUGACCUCUUGCACGAAGUCUACCACCUUGUCCCUCACGAGCGCUUUCACAAGUCAAUUUUUGUGACGUAUCUCGCUGGGGCGAUCAAGACGCUGGCCACGGUAGUGCUGUCGGACAAAGAACUACUCGAACUACGACGAAGAGCAGCCCCGGCAUUUCAGAAGGCCAUGGAAUUGCUAAGGCAGAUUCUACCCCGGGUUGCGACUGCUCGCGAGGUUAUGAAGAAGCUCGAACAGGUUGUCAAAGCAAGCGAAGAGCUCUUGACACGCGAGAGAUCGAUCCUGCUGACGCCACCGACGGAUACAUGGCCAGAGCAGGGUGAAGAGAUGGAUUUGGAGACCUUGCCUGAGCCGGGGGCCUUGUCUCCGGGAUUAUUCUUACUGGAUGAUCUGGACUUCAGAGCGACGAUGCAGGGUUUCUGGAUCCCUGGCGCGGAGACCCCGUCCUGGGGAACUUGA